CUGCGCGGCGCUCUGCUCGCUGCCGGCUCGGUAGUGCGGAGGCGCUGGCCUGUCGGGGCGAGAGCUGCGAUGGCGGAGCGAAGCUGGCUGUGGGGCUGCGUGUUCGUCGGGCUGUGGUCCCUGAUACUGAGCAAGACUGAGGACCGUUUGGAGGUUCCUGAGAACAGUGCGGCGACCCUGCCUUGCAAAGCCACGCAGAACAACGCAAAGCGCACGGAGUGGAAGUUCGAGGACAAUGGAAACGUGGUUCUCUUCUAUCACGACAAUCAGCUGACAGAUGCCUACAAGGACCGGGUUACUUUCUUCUCCAACGAGAUUCUUUUCAAGAGCGUCACGCGCAAGGACUCGGGCCGGUACACCUGCAUGGUGCUCGGCAACACGUUUGACGAAUCCGUGGUUGACCUCGUCGUUCAAGUGCCGCCCUCCAAGCCGAAGGCCCAGGUGCCCUCCGUGGUGACCAUCGGCAGCAAGGCCGUCCUGAGCUGCGUGGAGACGGACGGCAACCCGCGUCCCACCUUCAAGUGGUUCCGAAACAACUCCGAGAUGCCCUCAGACCCCAAGUCCAACUCCCUCUUCAGGAAUUCCUCCUAUGUGCUCGACUCCAGCACAGGGGUGCUGACCUUUAAUCCUGCAACGGCCUUUGAUGCCGGGGAGUACUACUGCGUGGCCGAGAACAAAGUCGGGGCGCCCCAGAAAUCCGACACAGUGCAGAUGCAGACCAGCGAACUCAACGUCGGCGGCAUCGUGGCCGGAGUGGUGGUGCUGCUCCUUGUCCUGGCUCUGGUGGUCUUUGGCAUCUGGUUUGCCUACAGCCGAGGCUACCUCCGCCAAAGAAAAGGCACCACCGGCAGUAAGAAGGUCAUCUACAGCCAGCCCUCCAAGCAGAGCGAGGGUGAAUUUAAACAGACGUCUUCCUUCCUGGUCUAAUUUCAGCCUCCAGCCUCCCUUGUGGCAUGUAUUAAAGUCCAACCUCUUCCUCUUCUGUUGUAAAUGCUCUAUAUGAAUCUUUGUAAUUAAGUGUAAUUUCCAUUUUUUUAAA